AGUGCUGCGAGUGAGGUGCGUUUGCUUUGAGCUCCUUUUCCCUUCGGAGUGUUCAGUGAAAUGAUGUGAAUUGCUGUGCUAUUUGGUGCUAAAGUGCAAAUACUCACGCGUGAGAAUGACGCUGUGGCGGAUAAAUGUGGCUGAGUGGUCAGCGGAACAGGUUGUCGACUGGCUCAAAGGUCUGGACAACUCCAUGUACCACUACGUGAACUCCUUCACCAACAACGAGGUGGGCGGCCAGGAGUUGCUCAGCAUCCGGCCGUACAUCCUCGAGCAACUGGGCAUGUACUCCAUCAGCCACCAGGAGAUCGUCCUGGAGGCCGUGCGGCUGCUCAGGAACUUCCACUUCAACCUGGACAAGGAGAAUCUGCAGUAUUUGGCGCUUCAGGUGGCGUCGCAGGCGUGGAGUCUGCACAAGCAGCUGACGUACUGCAAGGACAAGAACGUGAUCGAGACGAACAUCCUGAAGGAGGUCACGAGCACCGUGGCGACCAUCAAGCCGCUGAUCUGGUGGCUCGACAGGGCGCCGUUCAAGGGCCAGCGGCAGUUCAACGAGAUCCGCUCGAAGAUGCUGCGCCUCGGACUGGAGAUGGCCACGAGUGCGCACAGGGACAGAUUCGCCGACGAGCCCGUGAAUCAGAUCCAGACGAAUGCCGAGAAGUUGGCCAAACUGGGCGACUACAUCAUCCAGGACAUCUCGGAUCCGAUGCUGCUGCAGCCGGCGAGUCUGCUCCUCGUGACGCUGAAGAAGAAGGAGUCCGAUCUGGGCUUCAAUCUCAUGCCUGACGUCCACGGAGUUCACAAAAUAACCGACAUUCGCUACAACUCUCCGGCGCAUCUGUCCGGGAAGAUCGAGGAGGGCGACGAGAUUGUACAGAUCAACUACCAGACGGUCGUGGGGUGGCAGCACAAGAAGGUGCUGCUGCAGCUGCUCGAGUCCAAGCCCGACGUGCUGCUGACGCUGAAGAAGCGGCCGAAGCACAUGAAGAUCUACGGGCAGAUCUACAUGAAGCCCUAUCGCUUGCCCAGCAAGAAGCGCGCCAUGCACUACAGAUGGGGCGAAACGCUGCCCAGUCCGCGGGCAGAGCUGCUCUCCAUCAACGAUCUGCCGCUGCCGCUGUCGCGUCCGCUCGAGAAGCACGUCAGCGACUCGGAGUCCGACAGCAAUGGCAGCGACAUUCUCACGCCCACGGAGCCAAAGGCGCCCAAGGAUCUGCCGCUGUUCCUGCAGAAGUCGCGACCGGUGCUGCAGCGCAGGAACACGAUCUGUGGUGAUCAGACGUCGAGCUUCAAGAACCUGGGAAAUGUGGUGUUCUGGCAGGAGCGCAAGGACAAGUCGGUGUCCUUCGGCCACGGGCUGGAAAUUGCGCCGCGCCCCAACACUUUCAUAGCGCUCAAGGGUUCGCUGCCGGAGAUCAUGUCGGAGAAGUGCGGCGAGGAGAAGCAGGAGCGGAAGGAGAGCGAGCGCCAGGAGGAUUCUGACAGCGCCAGAAGGAGCGGCGUGAGCAAAGUCGUGAGAUUCGACGCGGAUCUGGAGGAGUUUGACUCGGAGAAUAAUUGCACUUUCAACGUUGACAACACUGUGAUCGAGACCUUCGAGCCCAUUCCGUAUGCCGACGAGGAUGAGCUCACGUCUCUGGAUUGUGGGAAUAUCGAGCAGAGUCACAUGGCGACCAAAAUGACGCCGGAGACGGGAGUUGUGCAGGCAAUCAACACGGCUCUGAUCAACAGCAAAGAAGGGCGCACGAAGAGGCUGGAAACUUGCGCUUCUGUGUCGAUUUGUGAUAGCAGCGACGAUGAUGACGACGAUGUUCCGCCGGCGAUUGAGCCGCGCAAGGAAUUCCUGCAGACGACGCCUCCGGAACCGCCGCCACGGCCCAGGAAGAACCUGGAAGGCGCCGGAGGAUUCAUAAAGCCGGGCAGCGAUGAUGUGAAGUCCAAGGUGGCGACUGUGGUGGAUCUGAAGAGCAGGGAAGCGUGUCAGAGCGUGGCGGAGGGCGUGAAUCAGCACCGAAGUCAGCCUCCGCCGCCGCCAAAGUUGCCCACGAUGAAGCACUUCCGUGAGGAGCCCUUCGAGGCGCUGGAGUUGUUCACGCCGCCCAAGACGAAGGGACUGACGCUGAAGAAGAAGAACUCGAUUCUGGCCAAGAGGCGCAAGGUGACGCUCAAGUGUCUCACCGUGAGCGACAUUCAGGGGCAUCUGUACAGGCGGACGAAGGACAAGAGCGGCGCCGCCUACUGGGCCAAAGGCUACUUCGUCCUCGUGGACACGGCGCUGUAUGGCUUCAAGACGAAGGACGCCGCGAAGGCGAACUGCCUCAUCUUCCUGUCGGGCUUCACGGUGUCGCUGGCGAAUGAGGUGCACUCGAAGGCGAACGCCUUCAAGGUGUAUCACGCCUCGAAGACGUUCUACUUCGCCGCUGAGACGCCCGAGGCGCUCGGCCAGUGGAUGGAGUUCAUCCGGAAUGCCACGCUGAAGGGGAAUCCCGCCAUUGGGCUGAGCACUGAGGUGGAUCUCAAGGAAAUCUUCACGGAGACUGAGAGUUCAGACGAUGAUUCGGAUCUGCUGACGCGCGGAACGUUCUCCUACGGCGGCAGUACGUCGAAUGUGAUGACUUCCAGUCUCGGGAAGACGUCUCAGGAGGGUGAUUCGACGCCUGUGACGACGACGAAGCAUGAAAAGUACCAUCUUGGUUUCGGGUCGCUGAAGAAGUUCACGAAAUCCAACUUGCCGUUCAGCAAGAGUGAGAAGAAGCCGUCGCCGGACAUUCCGACGCCCACGGCGCAGUUCAGAAGCUACCGGAAGGUGGUGAAUCAGGAGGUGAAGCCUGUGCCGGUGUGUCUGGAGGUGCCGCAAGCCAAGGCGCCACCACUGCCGGCGGAGAAGCCCACUGAGGAGUCCGUCUCCACGUUGAUGACGAAGAAGGCCAGACGGCCGGCGCCGCUGAAUUACAUCCACGCGUCGAAUCCGAAUCUGGUGGAUUUUGACUUUCACACGUCCAAGACGAUCGACUUCUCCGUGCCGAAGAUCAGCAGCACGUGGGAGGGGCAGCACAGUCUACAGGGCUUCAUGACGCUGAAGGAUCUGAUGCUGCAGAAGCAGGAGGAGGACGCCAAGGAGGUGUACAACAAUCGCGUGUUCCUGGGCAUGGAGAAGAAGGAGGAGCGCGGCGUGCGGAAGAAGAUCAGGAAGAACAGCAGUGGCGAGAGGUUGGCGAAGGUGCACAAUGAGAAUCCGAAGAUUGACAAGAUUCAGAGCAGGAGUCUGCCCAAGACGCCUGACUAUGCGCAGAGCUUCAAGCCGGACGAUGUGGACAUUAUCAUGACGAGGAGCAAGGAAGGGCUGAAGCUGAGGGAUUUCGGGUAUGAGUUCAUCUCAGGCGAUGAUCCGCAGGACGCCAGCAAGCAGAAGGGCGACUUGGAGAAGACCUGGCCCAAGAGAUCGGAUAAAGUGUCGCCGACUGUGACGAGUUGGUCGAAGAAGAAGGGCAACUGGAUCAUCUCCACGGAGAGAAAGAUCGACGAGGAGAAGAAUGCCCGAUCCGGAGGGAGUUUCAAGAAGUUCAAGCCUGGAAAGUUGGACAACAUCCUCACGACCAGCGACAAGAUGUUCUCCUUCAAGCAUGUGAGCGAGAAGGAAGCGCCCAAGACGCCGCUGAAGCCGCUCGAGAAGUACGCCGUCCUGAAGCCGGUGUCUUCCUACUCGCCAGUCAGUGUUCCGCAUGGGAAGAAGUCCAGUCUGCCGUUCGGCGGACUGCCGAGGAACGAUCUCAAGGAGAAUGUGUCCGUGAGCGAUGCCAGGAAGGCGAGCGUCGAGAGGAGCGCUUCGUACUUCACGAAGCUCUCCUUCGCCAACACCAAGACGCCCAAGGAGAAGAAGCUUCUGGGCUCUCCGCGUCUCCACAGGGCCAUCUUCGGCCGGCAGAACUCCACGGACAGCAACAGCAUCUUCGAGACCAUCACUUUCCCGGCCACGGCGUCCAUGAACUCACUCCAGGAGCCGCCGGCCGUCUUCCCGCGCACUCCAGCGCCGGUGUCGGCGACUCCCGCGCCUCCGGCCGACUCCUCGCCGCCGGACUACACGCACCUCGAGUAUCCGCCGGUGUUCGAGCCCGAGACGUACUCGCUGAGCGAUCCCAGCACGAGUCUCACGCUGUUGCGGCGGAGGAACAACAAGAACAAGUGAGAAGGGCGCUUCAGACAGUGUAAUUGAUGUCUUCUGUGUGUCUUUAGAAUGCCUUCUGGUGCAUGAUAAAUUAGGAUUCAAGAUCGCAAUAAAUUGAGAUGAUCACUUUCCUUGUUG